GUCAUCGACUCGCGCUUGGUCACAUGAUCUAGGUCGGUCUCGGUCACGUGAUCGUGCAGUGGGCGCGGUGCGAGGAAGCCGGACGAGCCGCUCCCGCGAUGGACAGCAGGAUCCCCUAUGACGAUUACCCUGUCGUCUUCCUGCCGGCCUAUGAGAACCCGCCGGCCUGGAUCCCUCCUCACGAGAGAAUUUGCCAUCCUGACUACAAUAAUGAGUUGACCCAGUACCUGCCUCGCACUAUUGUGCUGAAGAAGCCUCCUGGGGCUCAGCUGGGCUUCAACAUUCGAGGAGGAAAGGCCUCCCAGCUGGGGAUCUUCAUCUCCAAGGUGAUCCCUGACUCAGAUGCACACAGAGCAGGGCUGCAGGAGGGAGACCAGGUCCUGGCAGUUAAUGAUGUCGAUUUCCAGGACAUUGAGCACAGCAAGGCUGUCGAGAUCCUCAAGACUGCCCGGGAGAUCAUCAUGCGAGUGCGUUACUUCCCCUACAAUUACCAGAGGCAGAAGGAAAGAACUGUUCACUGUCCCUGAUAAGGUCCCCCUAGUAAUGGCUGCUCUACCCUGCAGUUCAUUGGGUCACAGCAAGAUGACUCUGCUCUCCUCAGCAUUGGGGAGAUUUGACACUAAACUAGAUUUUCCUUCAAGUUUCAGCUUUGGGCAGAGGUGUGACUGUCCUGCUGGCUCUGUGGGUCUCAGCUCCCACAAGAUCCCAGCUCUGCUCUCUGUACUGAUGGACCCAGCCUCUUCCUGCUGUUUACACCAUGGAGUCAAGGAUGUGGCAGGACAGGGAGCUGGGCUCUAAGCUCCAGUUUCUGGUUCAGGCACUGCACUGUAGAGGUUGAUAGAGAAAUGGGGUAUGGAGGAUGCUGGGGAAUGAAGGAUGGCUUCUGUAGCCAGAGUUGUAUCCAUGGAGUGAGUGUCUGGGCUAGUAGGUGAUUGCUUCUUUUAAAAGGAGAUUCUUAUGGGGUGCUGCUCUUGCCCAUCUCAAUGAGGUGUGAGGCCAAAGAGGGUGGGUCUGUAUACAUGCACCAUGUCUGAAUUAGAGCACAAGAUGAUGGGGCUGCGGUGCUGAUUCUAAGCCAAGCACAGAGCAGACUUUUUCUUUCCAACAUGGUUUUGAAUGUCUUUUGCCCUAUCCAUCAUGCACUGCAAAAUUGUACAACACUAAUGAA